AUGGCACUAUUGCAUGGUAUGGAGGAAAUUCCUGCUCCUACUUACACUAAAGCUGUGAACAAGCUUGCAUCGGAUCCCAUAAUAAGGGAGGAUUGUGAUGGAGCAAUUGAUGAUACCCACAUAUCUGCAAGGGUGCCAGCAUCAGAGCAAAUGCCAUAUCGGGAUAAAUACCAUGUUGUCGACUCGGGUUAUACAAAUAUGCCUGGCUUUUUAUCGCCAUACUGUGGUGAGAGGUACCAUCUAAAUGAGUUUCGUAAUCAACGUCGACAACCAAGAAACAAGAAGCAAAUGUUCAAUUACCGACACUCCUCACUGCGCAAUGUGAUUGAGAGAUGCUUCGGUGUCUUCAAGACUCGUUUUCCAAUUUUGAGAGACAUGCCUCCGUAUUCAACUAAGACGCAGAGAUAUAUCCUCAUUGCAUGUUGUACAACACACAACUGGAUAAGGAUACAUUCUCAAAGUGACACAUUGUUCGCUGAAUGGGCCAAUCCAGAUCAUAUCGUUGAAGAUGAUGGGCCUAGUGGAGGUGGUAGUAGCAGCUCGACACAUGCAGGAAGUAGUUCUCAGCAACCAAUUAACUUAGACAUUAGUCAACCUCAAUUACGUCACAUGUCUGAUAUAAGGAAUCAAAUUGCUGGUCAAAUUUGGGAAUCUGUCGGAAACAAUUGA